CAGAUGGCAUUGUGGCCAGUUAUUUGGGAUACUUCGUUUAUGUUCAGGCACAGAGAAUUGGACCAAAUCAAAAGGACCAAGUCCCCGCCAGACCUGUUCCGGAACCAGCGGAACUGAUUUUCACCAUAGAUGACGAGAUACGUGAUGCAAUUAUGCAUACAGAGGAGACAUUUAUCAAACAGGCUUCGGACUUGGAACUAAUCUGCCCCAGCUUCACAGACUAUGGGAAGAAGUUCAUCCGCAGUUUCAAGCUCCACCCGGACUCCUACGUGCAAAAUGCAGUGCAGCUGGCCUACUUCAGGCUGCAUGGAAAACCAGCUCCCACCCACGAGCCGGCGACCCUGCGGCAGUACUACCACGGCCGGACCGAGACUGUCCGGGCCUGCACCAUGGAAGUGGUCAACUGGUGUAAGGCCAUGCUGGACAACACAGUGCCAGUAUGCUGCUGCUCAUUACUUGAUUAA